AAUGGCCUCAACCGCUAAAAAGGAACCAAACGACACCGUUUCAAACACAUUGCCGGAGACAGCACACUUUGAUGAUCAGCCGGAGAUAACCUUAUUCGAAUCCCCCGCCAAAGCAGAAGCAUCGGUCGAAAUCGCAGAAACGAAACCAAAUCUCAUCGGUUUACGACAAAAACUAGCUUCUGCAAAAAGGAUUCUCAGCCGUCGGUUGCCCAAGUCCUUCCACGGCGAUCGGACCACAAGAUUGUACCAUGUUUGGCCCGGAAACAACGUGUUUUUCUGUGGCGGCCGCCUCGUCUGUGGCCCGGAUCCGAGAGGACUGGUGCUUACGACAAUGGCGAUUGCUAUGUCGAGUUGGAGUUUCGCUGCUUAUGCUGCAAACGACGUCGUUUCAUUCGCCUAUUCUCCUAAGAUUAUAGGCUCUUUAAUCUUGACCUUUAUUGCUAUUGUCAAUUUGGGAAUGGUUAGUGCGACCGAUCCGGGGAUUCUUUCCCGGAGCGAUCAGACGCUAGUCGAAAGCGCGACCAAAUUAGGAGAUGAAGCGAGAGUUAAGUAUUGUGGGAUUUGCAAUAUAUAUGGACCACCACGAAGUCGGCAUUGUGAUGUUUGUGACAAUUGUGUUGAGAAAUUUGAUCACCAUUGCCCUUGGAUAGGCCAAUGUAUUGGUUUGAGAAACUACAGACUCUACGUCAUCUUUCUCUUCGUCGCAUUAGCUCUCUUUGCAUACAUAUUUGCAUUCUCCUUCCAAACCAUCCGACACAGAAUGUCUCAAAACAACGUCGUUUUGAUCGACUUAUUGAGAAAUUGCCCCGAGACUUUGGCGUUGGCGUCAUUCACGUUUGCCGCUACUUUGUUACUUGGUCUCCUUACCAGCUACAAUUUGUACCUUGUUGCAUCAAAUCAAACAGCGUAUGAGAAUUUUCAUCAGUAUUAUGCGUCGUCCCAAAAUCCAUAUGAUAAAGGAUUUCUGAGUAAUUUUAUGGAAGUAUUGUUUUGGUCAAUGCCACCUCCUAAGGUUGACUUCCGAGGAGAGGUAAAUAUUUAUGAUCAAGUUUGAUGAUAGAAUUAAUAUAUAUGGAG